AUGGAGAAAUGGCAGGUUCAGGUCACAGAGCCUCGCACACCCUUCGAAGACACCCAUCGCAUGUUGGAAGGUCUUUACCUAAACACGGUGUUCCCCUCGGAGAACAUUCAAUCGGCCCUCUCGUACGAACCUUUGGAAGGCGACGUCUUCGUCGUCAGUUAUCCCAAGUGCGGGACGACGUGGCUGCAGCACAUUGCCAUCAACGUGCUAUCGGGCGGCGCACUGUCGCCGGACGACGUAGAACGAGUGCGAAACUCAACGUACCUCGAAUUCAUAGGCGCCGAAGGCGCCCGCAGGCUGAAGCGGCCGGUUCCCAUCAAGACCCACCUGCCGUUUCACAAGCAACCCCGCUCUGCGGGCGCCAAAUACAUCUAUGUAACUCGGAAUCCCUACGACUGCUGCGUCUCUUACUACCACCACUGUAAAGGGCUUCCGUGGUAUCGCUUCACCGACGGCUCUUUCGACGACUUCGUCGACGCGUUUGUGCGGGGUAAGGUCACCUACGGUGACUACUUCGACCACCUACUCUCGUGGUACGAUCACCGCAACGACCCGAACGUCCUGUUCCUCACGUACGAGGACUUGAAAAAGGACGCCCCGGCCUCGGUCCUCAAGGUUGCCGACUUUCUCGGCGCACGAGAAUACGGCGAACAACUGAGAACGCAUCCCGACGCCCUGGAGAAAAUUCUUAACGGAGUAAGCUUGGAAUCCAUGAGAAAGUUGACGUUCACUAUCAAGGUGUCACGCACCGCAUCGCCCACAAGGCCAGGAGCGAUGGAAAGCACGUCGCUGAGCGACAAGUUAAAAAACGAGGAUUCGAGUGUCUGCUCCUCGAAAGCACUCGCCGCGAAAAGCCUCCUGAGCGGGCAACUCGUGCGCAAGGGUGUCGUCGGGGAUUGGAAGACCCAAUUUUCUUCCGAGCAACUCACAUGGAUGAAGGCUUGGAUCACGCUCAAGACUCGUGAAACCGACGUCAUGGACUUGUGGAAGGACGUCGACCUUCCGUAA